AUGGACGAUACCAAAUCAAACCAGCCCUUGAAAGGAAUAUUUAUUGGGGAUUUUAUUCAUUGCAGAAGUUUAGAUGAUCUGGAAUUCCUUGUAGACACAGCUGUUUGUGUUGACGAGAAGGGCUGGAUUGUCAUGGUCGAAAGAGAAGUUUCAGACCAAAUAAAAGCGAAAAAGAUCUUGCUACCAAGGCUUAGUUGGAAGGAGGAUGAAGUAAUAUUCAAAGUGGCUUGUAAAGGGCAAUUUUUUUUCCCCGGAUUUAUAGCACCCACAGAUACCCAUAUUCACGCACCGCAAUAUCCUAACGUCGGCCUCUUUGGCAAGACUUCGCUACUUAGUUGGCUCGAAAACUACACAUUUCCCUCUGAGGCUUCGCUCAAAGAUCUAGAUACUGCUAGAAAAGUUUACACACGCUGCAUACAACGCUCUCUAUCCAAUGGUACCACUACCGCCGCCUACUUUGCCACCAUAGAUGUCUCCGCUACCAAUCUUCUUGCUGACAUUUGUUUUGCCAAUAGCCAACGAGCAUUUAUUGGUAGAUGCUGUAUGGACUCCGCCGUAAACCCCAUAACUUACCGAGAUGCCUCAUACGAGACCUGUCUGGCAGAUACACGUGCAACUAUUGAUCAUAUUGCAAGCAUUGAUCCGACGAAUAGUCUCAUAAUGCCAAUUAUCACACCUCGAUUUGCUCCCUCUUGUUCUACGGAGGCAAUGAAUAGUCUAUCUUUUCUACAAAAAGAAACAAACCUGCCGGUUCAGACGCACAUCUCAGAAAACCGGGAUGAAAUUGCCCUUGUAAAGCGACUUUUCCCUCAACACACAACUUACGCCGAGAUUUAUGAUGAGCAUGGCUUACUGUGCGAAAAAACCAUCCUUGCGCACGCUGUUCACCUGACUGAAGCUGAAGCUGACCUCAUAAAAAUUCGCAACUGCAAAAUCUCUCACUGUCCCAUCAGUAACUCCGCCCUCGGCUCAGGAGAAGCUAGAGUUAGAUGGUUAUUGAAAAAAAGCUUGGAAGUGGGAUUGGGUACAGAUGUGAGUGGAGGCUACAGCAUCAGUAUCUUGGAAGCCGCGAAGCAUGCCCUUUUGGUAAGUCGACAUGUCGCCAUGAGUGGUGACGAGGAGGCAAAGUUGAGUGUUGCCGAGGUGCUAUACCUUGCUACACGAGGCGGUGCAAAGGUGGUUGGGUUGGAGAAAGUUGGUACUUUUGAAGUCGGUAUGUCAUGGGACUCACAGCUGGUUGGUCUCGCUACUGUUGGUGAAGAUGGAGUGGCGCCAACUUGGGAGGAUGGAAAGGUGGACAUAUUCGGCUGGGAAGGGAUUGAGGCUCGCUUAGAAAAGUGGCUUUUCAAUGGUGAUGAUCGGAACACCCUCGCGGUCUGGGUGCAAGGAAGAUUGGUCCACUCACGUGAAGGGUAA